CUUGGAAGGAAAGGGGGCAUAGAGAAAACGAGAUACAUACGGCACAGAUAUGCUAUGGCGUUAUACCAAGAAGAAAAUCUUUGUAUGCCAAAAGGUCACACAUAGCAUCAUUUUUCUUACGGGUUUUUUUAUUAUUGCCGAAGACUGCUCUUUCCUCUUGCAAAACGGAACGUUUUGGGUACACUCCUCGGAAUAUGAAGAGGUAUGUUAAUUCAAACUAUAAUUUGAUAGUUCCUCUCGUUUUUCUCAGCUCAUUAUAAAGUUCUUGCAAAGAACUAUGACUGCUUCUACAAAGAACGCCACGAAGCUCAGUUCAAUAUCAUGAUGAAAUACUUGAAUUUACAGCCUGAUCAUCUUGUAGUUGACCUUGCCAGUGGAACAGGUACCUAUGGUGAGAAAAUGAUCGAGACAUUUAAACUGAAGAAUCCCGUGUGGUGUGUAGAACCUUCUUCAGAAAUGCAAGAAGCAGCCAGGGCAAAGAAGGGUUUGGUUACCAUAGAAAAAACCGCAGAAGAAUUCUUGGAUGAUUUAGACAAACAGCAUCGCUUCAACUUUGCCUUGUGUGUCGCUUCUGUUCAUCAUUUUAGUGAUCCAGUUAAAGUUUACAAGGGCGUAGAAUCGUGUUUAACGCCUGAUGGUGUCUUUAUGAUCGCGCAAAUUGGCGAGUACGUGUCUUUCCCUUUGUUCAAGAAAGCAAAGAAUCGUUUCGCCUCUUUCGUUUCCGGCAGAAAGGAAGGUACUUCUGCUUUCCUUCGAUCAGCUAAUUUUGAAGUUGAAGUUUCAGUAGAGCAGUUAGCUUUCAUGGUUAAGAAAUCCAAGUGGUACGACAUGCUGCGAGGACGCUUCCAUAGUACCUUAAGGGAGCUGAGUGACGGGGAAAUCGAAGAAGGAAUUGACGAACUAGACAAAGGAAUUCUUCAACACGCAAAUAGAGAUGAUGACAUCCCCAUUUCUAUGAAUUUGUUAAUAUUCAUGGCUAAGAAAAAGUAG